AUGGAAGACCAAAUGGAAGUCGACUUCCCACCUGGCACUGUUCGUCUCGAAAGAUUGCUUGAUAGGAAGCAUGGCGAGAUCAUCCUUCAUCCGAUCCCAAGCAGUGAUCCCAACGAUCCGUUAAACUGGUCGCAAUGGUACAAAGCACUCCACUACGGCCUGGUGUCCUUCUACGUCCUUAUCGUCUUCAUCAACGUCGACAUCGGGUCGGUGAUAUGGGGAGAUCUCAAUACAGAUCUGGGAAUCUCCUUCGCCUCAAUGUCGGCUUCUUUUGGUGUAAAUUGUGCUGGACUGGCACUGGGCUGCGUACUCUUCAUCCCCUUUGCCUUGAAGUUCGGACGCCGAUCGAUAUACCUCGUCUCCAUUGCUGUCAGCAUGGCGACGGCUAUCUGGCAAGGAAGGUUGCAAACCACUGGCGAUCUCAUCGGAGCAAACUUUGUGGCCGGACUGGCUGGAUCGAUUGCGGAAGCCAUCUGCCAGAUGACAAUUGCGGAUGUGUUCUUCGUCCACCAACGGGCGACCUGCAACGGUAUAUACCUGCUCAUGACGACCACCGGAUCCUUCUUAGCGCCAGUCGCUGCCGGAUACUCAGCGCAGAGCCAGGGCUUCAGAUGGAUUUGGUGGUGGACGACCAUCCUGUGUGGAAUCUGUCUCCUCGCCUUCGUAUUCCUAUAUGAGGACUCGAAGUACAGUCCGAUCGACGUCGGACAGGCACCGGCAGCGACCGAAGAGCGAGUGAACAGCAUCUCAGCCAACGAUGGCAAGAUCAGUGAUGACAAAAUGGCCCAGCUGGGUAUCAGCACGACAUCAACUUCAAGACACUUCGACAGUGCCAUCAAGCGGAAGACUUACCUCCAACGCCUUGCGCUCUUCCAACCGGGUGCCUUCGACGGAGACUGGCGACUGGUCCUACGCCACACGUACCAACCAUUUUACAUCCUCUUCACCUUUCCUGCGAUCGCUUUUACAGCAUUGAUGUACGGUUCAGUCCUCGCCUGGUUCAGCGUCAUCGUCAACGUGUACUCCACAUAUUACACAUACCCUCCUUACAACUUCGGCUCCGUCGGCAUCGGUCUCAUGAACCUCCCACCCUUCAUCGGAUCCGUGCUCGGGUCGCUAUACGGCGGUCUGUUCAACGAUUGGCUUACCGUCCGCCUCGCACGACGUAACAACGGCAUCUUCGAACCGGAAAUGGUCCUUUGGGUCGCUGUCCCUGCAGUCUUUACUCUUCCGGCGUCGCUUCUCCUCUUUGGCUUGCCCACAGCGUACGGCAUGCCUUGGAUAGUAGCCUGUAUUGGGUCCGCGAUGUUCGGCUUCUCCAUGACCGCGCUCUGGGACGCUGCGCUCACAUAUGCAAUGGACUGUUAUGCGGAUAUAAUCGGCGACGCCAUGAUCAGCGUCUGCUUCGUUCGGAACGUCUGCGCCACUAUCGUAGCAGUAUGCUUCUCGUACUGGGUCGAGGGCAUGGGCUUGGUGGGCUUGCACGUCCUCUCUGCUGUUCUCGCUUUUGUGACAGCGGCGACCACCUUCCCGAUGAUUGUUUGGGGUAAGGCAGCUCGACGCUGGACCGAGAAGAGGCUGGUGAAGAUGACUGCCAGGCAGUUUGGAGGCCGGGGAUGA